AUAUCACUUGAUACAUAAUACAUGUUCUUAUCUAUCUAAGUUUUCUUCUCUAUCUACUCUACCUCUUGUUAUAAAUACCGCAACCCCAUCACCUCCUUCCAACUCAUACAAACAAUUCAAACAUAAUUUUCUUCUCUUUUGUCCACUUGUUGGCUUCUCCGCACUUUCAUUCCCAACUUUUCUACAUCCUACUGCAGCUUAACAUGAAGCUGUUUCUGUUGACUCUUCCUUUGGUGUUGUUAAUGUUAACCACCGCCACAGCAUCAGAUCCUGAUCCUCUUCAAGACCUCUGUGUUGCAGACCCUGCCUCAGCUGUUAAAGUGAAUGGAUUCACCUGCAAAGAUGCUUCCAAGGUGAAUGCAAGUGAUUUCUUCUCAGCCAUAUUAGCAAAACCUGGUGCCACAAACAACACCUAUGGUUCCAUAGUGACUGGAGCCAACGUUGAGAAAAUCCCAGGAUUGAACACCCUUGGUGUGUCUUUGUCACGCAUUGACUAUGCCCCAGGUGGCCUAAACCCACCUCACACGCACCCACGUGCCACAGAGAUUGUGUUCGUGCUUGAAGGCACACUCGAUGUGGGGUUCAUCACCACAGGCAAUGUGCUGAUAUCAAAGAGCAUCACAAAGGGUGAGAUAUUUGUGUUCCCAAAAGGCCUAGUUCACUUCCAAAAGAACAAUGGCUAUGAACCUGCUACGGUCAUUGCAGCCUUCAAUAGCCAAUUGCCAGGCACACAGUCCAUUGCUCUCACCUUGUUUACAGCAACACCACCUGUUCCAGAUAAUGUUCUGACCAAGGCAUUCCAGAUUGAUACCAAGGAGGUUGAGAAAAUUAAGUCUAAGCUUGCACCAAAGAAAUGAUAAUUCAUGUAUGUGGUUGUUAAUUGUUAUGUCUUUGUCUUUCUUCUUUUACCUUGCUACCUUUGUUGCUUUACAAUUCUUGUUGGGAACUGAUCAUAAAGGAUUUGGAAUAAGAGCAUUUGUUUGAUAGUUGGAAUUUGAAAUGUGAUGGUUGUGUCGGAUGUUGACUUCUUACAUAUGCUCUACAACCUUGCAUAUUGUUCUCCCUUCAAAGUGUGAAUCUAUUAUUUCUCAUAAUAA